AUGCUACACCCCCGAUCGUCCAAAGAGCGGGAACGAGCUAGGAGAGUAUCAGACAGUGCCGCGACUCAAAGUGAAGCCACGGUAGCUCCGCUGACCGAAGAGGCUGGGCAAGGCGACGAUGGAACUUCGGACAAACGAUCGCAGAGGAUCGCAGAGCUAGAACAAGCGCUGGCGACCGCUUUGGAGGAGCAAAACAUGAUGAGAGAAGAGCUGGUGAAGCUUAGAGAUCAUGGAAAGGUCUACAAAGAGUCGAUCGAAGAGUAUCGGCGAAUAUUGGCUGGCACAUACCAGUUGCAAAGCCCUCCAGGAGCCCCCCAUUCCGAUUCGCGCCCGGCAUCAGCCCGCUCAAACUCAUACGAAGGCGAGAAUGCGCCGCGAAAAUCGACGAGCCAGCCGCGUGAGGACCUUGUAGAGCAAAAUGAUAGUCUCCGUACUCAGGUUGCGCAAUUGCAAGAUCAGCUGAUGACGCAGGAUGCUACAUAUCAGUCUCUUCUGGAUCAACGGAGAUCGCGGGCUGAAGCUGAGUGGGACCAAUUAACAGCACGGCUCCAUUCGACCGAGAAAGAAUCUGGUGAACGGUUGCAGCAACUGCUGUCUCUGAAGUCUGCUUUCUCGUCUCUCACUCGGGUCGAAUCGCAAGUGACAGAUAGCGAGCUGUCAGAAACCUUCUCUCAACUUUUCAACAGUGUGCGCGAAUGGGUCAUCAGCAAUUAUCGCCGAGCAAAAGUGAAAUUCAGCGAUCUACCUCUUGACACCGCCGAAAUCCUAGAGGCCAUAUCCCCAUUGUAUAGAACCGUCGACCCAGCCAAUCGCCUUGCGCUGUUCCAGGCUCUGGUUUCAUAUAUGUUGAUGAACAUUUUUCAGGAGUUCCUCUUCGUCGGUAUACCAGAAACUGGUCCGCUAGCCACUCUGCGGCAGGUAGCAUCUACCAUCCGGAGCACUGGUACUGGAUACCAGAAUUGGCGACAUGUCACUAUCCGCAGUCUACAGGAGAGUGAUGCGGCGUAUACAAUCAAGGAGGGGAAGGCUCAUCAGAGAGACCUGCUGGCAUCUUGCAUCUUGCAUCACUUGCUCGCCAUCACGUCAACAACGCCUCUCCCAGAGGCCCGGUCAGCAUUGGACAGUAUACUGAGCGCGACGAUGGAGUUUCAGAAUACGCUCCUGCUUCAGAAAGCACGGUACAAAGUAGACUUCUUCCGAAAACAGGACGAACUGCACCAGAGCGUUGACGACAACCGUAUGGAGCCUAUCAAUGAGCUUGAUGGUUUUACAGAUGAUGACGGUGACGUUGUUGUAGACCGCGGUUUUGUGUUCUGUGUCUUUCCGAGCUUGGAAAAGUUCGGAGACGAAUAUGGAGAGCACACCGAAGUAAGCAACGUGCUGGUGAGAGCCAGAGUAAUGUGCCAACGGAAUUAUUUCAGCCAGGCUCAAAAGAUGCGCUCCGUGGAGCAAGCCAGUCUGAUGUAG